AUGGCUGAAUACGAGUCAGGGAAUCUGUUCGACGAUCCCGAAGGGUACUACCCUGAAGAUGCACCUCCGACAUUCGCCGAGCACCACAUGCUCUCAGGGCAGACUGUGCGCGUGCGUCUAGUUGGCAGCCAUCCCCUCUAUGGAAAUUUGCUCUGGAACGCCGGUCGAACCAGCUCUCAUUACAUUGAAGAGCACACCGAGGAAUUGAUCCGCAACAAGGAUGUCCUCGAGAUCGGUGCGGCGGCAGGCGUCCCCAGCAUCGUGAGUGCCAUUCAGGGUGCCCGCACCGUGGUCCUGACCGACUACCCCGAUCCCGACCUCGUGGACAACAUGCAAUACAAUGCCGAUCUAUCGAAGAGCGCAAUUCCUCCACGAUCAGACGGGAAGCCUCGUCUCCACGUCGAUGGCUACAAGUGGGGUAGCGAUGUGAACAAGCUGCGGGCAUACCUUCCACUUGCAGCCGAUGGCACUCCUUCUAUGUUCGACAUCCUGAUCAUGGCGGAUGUGGUCUAUAGCCAUCGCGAGCAUCCGAACUUGGUCAAGACCAUGCAGCAGACUAUGAAAAAAGAUCCCAAGUCUGUAGCCCUGGUCAUUUUCACGCCUUAUCAGCCUUGGCUGUUGCCCAAGACCGAGCAGUUCUUCCCGCUGGCGGAGGCGAGCGGCUUCACGGUCACAAAGAUCUUUGAAAAGGUCAUGGACGAUGUGUUGUUUGAAGACGACCCUGGUGAUGAAAAACUUCGCCGGACUGUUUUUGGAUAUCAGAUCCGAUGGGCUCAGGACCAGUUGGAAGAAUCUAAAGACUAA